AUGUCGAAACGAAAUCCCGACAUCGAGGCCACCGACCCGGACGUGUCCCUGUCUGGCAACAGCAGCAAGUCGAAUUUGAAUUCCGCCUACCACACAGAGCAUGCGGAUGCCACCAACCUGGGCUAUCAGCCGCAAGGUGGUCGUCAAGCUUCCGUCGCUGCCAAACUGCGCAACCCCUUGGCUGGCCUCAGUGAAGAGCAAGUCAUUGCCGAUGUAGACCAGUGGUGUCUUGAGCGAGGACUCGCCGAGCACCAAGAUGCCUUCCGCAAGGGUGCGCUCAUUGCGCGCAUGGGCCAGCGCGACGACGGAUACGAAUACGUCAGCCAGUUGAGCGAGGAAGAAAAGGCCAUCUUCCGGAACGAGCAAGCACACCGAUGGUCGCAGCCCUUCAUGCUCUACUUUCUUGUCGUUCUCUGCGCUGGGUCGGCCAUUGUUCAGGGCAUGGACCAGACUGCCGUCAACGGCGCUCAGCUGUUCUACUUGGCUGAGUUUGACAUUACGGAUGUUUGGCUCAGAGGUCUGCUCAACGGUGCGCCGUAUCUCUGCUCAGCGCUCAUCGGAUGCUGGAGCAACGCGCCUCUGAACUACUACUUUGGUCGUCGUGGAACCAUUUUCAUUUCUUGCAUCAUCUCCUUCAUCACGGGUAUCUGGAUGGCCGCCGCCAACAACUGGGUGAAUCUGCUGAUUGCUCGCUUUGCGCUCGGUUUCGCAGUCGGCGCCAAGUCGUCCACGACUCCUGUCUACGCCGCUGAGUCUGCACCCAAGACGAUCCGCGGCGCCCUCACCAUGAUGUGGCAAAUGUGGACGGCCUUCGGUAUCAUGUUGGGUUUCGUCGUCUCUGUGGCUUUCCAAAACACCACUGUUCUCGGCGAGGGGUCCCAAUGGCGGUGGAUGUUGGCCAGCACUUCGAUUCCUCCUCUCAUUGUCUGCCUCCAGGUGUACCUCUGUCCGGAAUCACCUCGCUGGUACAUGGAAAAGGGCAAAUUCGACAAAGCCUUCGACGCGCUGUGUCGCCUCCGCAACCACAAGAUCCAGGCAACUCGCGACAUGUACUACGCCUACAAGCUUCUCGAGGUCGAACAGGCCGAGCGCGCCGGCAAGUCGCUCUGGAAAGAGUUCUUCUUUGUGCGCCGCAACCGCCGCGCCGCGCAGUCCUCCUUCUUCGUCAUGUUCAUGCAGCAAUUCUGCGGUGUCAACGUCAUUGCAUACUACUCGUCGGACAUCUUCCAGCAAGCCGGCUUCACCCGCUCGGGAGCCCUGCUCACAUCCAUGGGCACAGGGAUAACCAACUUCCUCUUCGCCAUCCCCGCCAUCUACACCAUCGACACCUUUGGCCGCCGCAACCUGCUCCUCACCACCUUUCCGCUCAUGGGCAUCUGCCUGCUCUGGUGCGGCCUGUCCUUUUACCUGCCGCAGUACUACGACCCAGAGGCUGACGCCAUGCGCCCCACGCCUGCCCGCCUCGGCAGCAUCGCCGCCGCAAUCUACACCUUCAUGGCCGUCUACUCGCCCGGCGAGGGCCCCGUGCCCUUCACCUACAGCGCCGAGGCGUUCCCGCUGCACCUGCGCGACAUCGGCAUGUCCUUUGCGACCGCGACCUGCUGGGGCUUCAACUUCAUCCUGUCGCUGACGUGGCCCGCGCUCGUCGAGGCCUUUGGUGAGCAGGGCGCCUUUGGGUGGUACGCCGCCUGGAACUUCUUCGGCUGGGUCUACGCCUACUUCCUGUUGCCGGAGACGAAGAACCUGACGCUCGAGGAGCUGGACACGGUCUUUGACGUCGGGAACAAGCAGUUCGCGCGCUACUAUGCCCAGAAACUGCCCUGGUAUCUCAAUAAGAAUGUCCUGCGCCGCGAUCAGGAGCCGUUCCCACUGCUGUUCGAUCUACACGAUGACCCUGUGCCGGAGGGCGCGGUAAGGGGCCCUGCAGAGAAGGACGUUGGCGAGAAGAGCGCGGCGCGCGAUGGGGCCGCGAUUGACGGCGAGAUUCACGAGGGAAAUGCGGAGUUGAAGUGA